AAAAUGAAAGGGUCCAUCAAAAGGCAUGUAAAAGAGAGGGAGCGAGAGUGAGAGACAACGGCCAGAAGCUCCACCUCUGCCACCACCACCACCACCCAGCGCCACCUUUGCACAAGAGGGCAUCAAAUCGGUAUUGGUACAUCGAUCAGAAUACCCUCCAAUCUUGUGAAGAGUCUGCGAUUAGAGGCUCAUUAAGCAGCACAACCUCGUUGUGCUCUCUGCCUUGGGUAUGGAUAUUUCCGAAGUAGGAGUUUGCUUAUUAUGGCUUUCAUGCCUGUGAAGAAUGUCACUAAUUUUUGUUUUUGUACCACGGAGAAUGCUAAGGAAAACUUUUAAUUUUGAUUUAUGUUAUUUUGAAUUAUGAAUAACAUUAUGUAUUUAAACAUUAUAUAUGUAUUAUGGAACAUUAUCUACUGGGUUAAUUUUGUUAA